GAACACAUCCGCCUGUAGUGUUUUGAUUUUGGGAAUGUAGGCUGUUGGUUUAAAUUUGAUUAAUAUUAAUAGCGCAAUUUAUUGAGUCUGUAUAAAGUAAACGUUACAAAGUUACAUAUAAACUAAAAAAACAGCAGCUCAUAUCUAGAGUAGCCAGAGUUAGAAUAACUACUAAUAAACUUCUUCUGAUCUUCGUUGGUAUUAAGGGAAGAGAAGGUACACGUCGUCUUUGUAUAGUUUGGAAACAUCUUCUAGGAAUAACAGACAAGAUCAUUUAAUUUUUUUAAAUUUCUUCAAAUCAAAAGUCCUGAUUGCUGUUGUCUAUCAGGGUCGCGUACAGCGGAAAAAAGUCUAUACCCUGAAAAUGGCUUCUUCGUUCGUUGUCGGGGAACAAUCGAGGUUAAAAAUAAGAGAUUUAAUGAAAAAGGAGAAGUAUCUUCCUGUAGAUUUGCAGGCAGAACUGGAGAGCUGCCUUGGACAGGGACGGCAAGCGACAGUCUCUUUUACCGUGGCCAGAAGACUCCAAAGAUGUUUAAGAGAUCGAGGAACUCUAGUGUAUCUUCAUGAGCUAUUUGAAGACAGUGAAGUUUACUUGCCAGAAAUACAGAAACCUCCUAGGAAUCCAGAGCUUGUGGCCCGACUAGAGAAGAUGAAAGCCAAGCUGGCCAAUGAAGAGUACUUAAGAAUUACCAGGAAUGUCAAUUGCCAGGAGUUAAAUCGACAAGGAUCUUUAGCUGACUUUGGAAGACAAGUGCGGUCCAUGAAGACUGUGGUUGUCACCAUCUUCAAUUUCUUGGUGACAGUAGUGGCAGCAUUUGCUUGCACCUACUUGGGCAGCCAGUAUAUCUUCACAGAGACUGCUGCGAGGGUCCUGUCUGCUGUGAUUGCUGCCUCAGUGGUAGGUCUGGCAGAGCUAUAUGUGCUCGUAAGGACCAUGGAGGGAGAGAUGGGCGAGCUAUAGGCCUUUUUCUCCAGCAGAAACACAAUCAAAAAAGGAAGGUUUCUUUCUGUUUAUACAAUAUGAAUUGUUCUAAUUUGACACACUUCUAAGCAAUACAAGCAUCACCAAUUUCUAAUGUAUUUAUAUAAACAAUCAUUAAUUUAUUAAUUGUUUGUGGAAUGUAGUAGAACUAUGUACAUAAAGUCUGAACUACUGUCUUCAUUACUUCAGAAUAAAUUACAUUGCAUUUUUUAAUUAC